AGUCACGAAUACCAUUUACACUGAUAAGUAUUUUUGCUGUAAAGUAAUUAAUCGUGCACAUCCUUUUUAUUUGUUUUUUUUAGCGAUUUUUCCUAAAUGUACGAACCACCGAAACCUGGAUCUAAAAUUAUCAUCGUGGGUGCUGGAUGUUUUGGACUUGCCACAGCGCUGGCACUUUCAUCGGAUAAGGAGAAAAAUUACGAUAUCCAUGUUUUUGAUAGAGGCGUGAUCCCUAUCAUCGAUGCUGCAUCUACAGAUAUAAGCAAGGCUGUUAGAAUGGACUACGGAACCAACAAGUUGUGUAUGGAACUCGCCGUAGAUGCUAUUCGCGUUUGGGAACAAUGGAAUAAAGAAAGAGCUGAUAAUGGUCUUAAACCAGUCUAUCAUAAUACAGGAAUGAUCGCGUUCUCGGAUAAUGGUGAACUUUCUGAAUACGACAAGCAAGGAUUAGAGACCAUUAGGGAGGCUGGAUAUGGCGAAUUCAUUGAAGAAUUGUCAUCCGAAGAAAUAAAGAAAAGAUACCCAUUUUUUGAAACGGCAGUGAAUAAUGGAUAUGAUAUUGCGUAUUUCAACAAAGUCGGUGGUUGGUGUAACUCAUCUGAGGCCAUUAUGCAUAUUUAUAAGAAAUGCAUAAGCAAUGGCGUCAAUUUUAUUUUGGGAAAAGAGUCCGGAUGCUUUGAAAGCAAUUUAGUUGACCCUCAAUCGCCAAGGACUGUACUUGGCAUAAAAACAAUCGAUGGUAACGAGCAUCGUGGAGAUCGAGUGAUUUUGGCGACAGGUCCCUGGACACCAGGCGUAAUUGAUAUGCAAGGGCAGGUGAUUGCCAGUGGUCAGGUUAUCGUUCAAUUUAAAUUAUCAGAUAAAGACAGAAAAUCGCUAAAUGAUCUACCUGUUUGGAGUGGAAAUGUAUCAAAGACAGGUUGUUACGGGUUUCCUGUGAAUGACGACGGCAUUUUGAAAAUCGGUAAACAUUCGAUAGGAUAUCUAAAUCCACGCGCGACAGACAAUAUUUCUAUCCCGCGAACUCAAGCUUCGAAUUCGGGAGACACAAUUCCAUUGAAAGCCUUGAAUGAAUUUCGUGAGUUCCUAGAUACAUUUCUCCCGUUAACAACACCCCUUGACGUAUUUUAUUCACGGGUAUGCUGGUACUCUGAUUCUAUCGACGGCGACUUUGUCAUCUGCCCCCAUCCCAAAUAUGACAACUAUAUUGUUGCCACAGGAGACUCGGGACAUGCUAUGAAAUUUUUACCCAAUAUAGGACAGAAAAUAAAGGACGUCAUCGAUGCUAAGGAUACAGAAUACACACGCGCAUGGGCUUGGCGUAACAAGGAAGCGAAGCCAGAUUUUUAUGAUAGGCCUUUACUUAUCCAAAAUAAUCACAAACUUUUGAGAAUGGCUACACUAGAAGAACUAAAAGCCAAAAUAAAUUGCUGAAAGCGUUUUUUAUUAUGUUAAUUUAG